CAGAGAUGUUCAGGUCCUGGUUAGGGAGCUGCCAGAUCCCACCCAGGUAGGGUGUCCAAUCAGACUUAACUUUCUUCUAGGUCUAAACCAAUCCAGAACUUCAGUGCCUCUGCACCCAUAAGAAUCACCCUUAGGAUCCCAGGGUGUGUUCGCCCCGCCCCUUAUUGUGCUACCACUUCUUGACCUUGAUCUCAACCAUUUACUUAAGUUCACUAUUUUUCCGUGGUCCUGAAUACCAUUGACCCACAUUUCCCUAAGGUGAAAGAAGCUGCCCCCAACUAUCUAAAACAGGUCAUAUGAUGCCUUUAAAAAAAAAAAAAUGUGGUAGUCUAGCAAACAACCCCCGACCUAGAAACUCCCACCUUUUCCGCCCACCAGUUAGAGAUCUAUGGUCAUGCCUCCCUGAUGUGUCUCAUGACACGGUGGAUUCUAUGCAAGAAUAUGAAGGAAAGAAGGAACCACUAAACCACUACCCUAAACAAUGAUUCCUACAUCUGAAAUUCAGAUGCCUCAUUCCGUUGGAUUGGAACAGUCCAGUUUACAAAUAGCCUAAGAACUCUGGUAUAAUCAUUAUUCUUUGAGCAGACUUUGCUUUUCUGCCUCUUGUCCUUCUUCUUGGAUUGCCCACUCCUUUUCUCUGCCCAGUAUAGCCUGUUCAUCUUUCAGAGUCCUGCAAAAUACCUUUUUCACUGAAGCCCCCUCAUAUUCUUUUGGUCAAAUGAUUUCUCUCAACUACCACAUUAAAAUUUUGCAAUGCUAUACUGCAUUUUCUUUAUUUUAAAUUAAUUCGGUACUAGAGGAUACAAUGAGGCACAAUAGUUUUAACAAGAAAACAGCCUAGACUCAGAGCUGUAAGAAAUAGACACAUACCCCAGCUCUUGAACAGCCAUGUGGCAUUGCUAAAUCCCUCCAUAUCUUUGGAUCUGACUUUUUUAUCUUAAAAAAAAAAAGCCAAUAAUAUGUUCCUACCAACAUCACAGAAUUAUUGCAAAAAUUCAGAAGAGGUGAUGGUAGAUGACAAAGGACUACCCAAAUAUAAGGCAUAACAUUAACUUUACCCUGAAUGUUUAUAUCUUUCCAACUAAAUUAAAAGGUCCCUGACAGCCAAAUGGCCUUUGAAUUUCUAUGGUCCAUGCUGCACUCAACAUUAUUCUUUAUUAAACACAGCAGGCAUUUAAUUGAGUCUGUGUAAGCUCCUCUCUGGUGAGGAGACUUUCUCUGGAUUCAAAGGAAACUCCCAGAAAAUCAGGAGAAAGGAGCAGGAUGAAUCUCAAAGGGUUGAAAAGGAAGCUAGUUGCUCAAGGACUUACUAUUUUGGACACAGUUUAGCUGGGAAUUAUUCAGAGAACACUUCAAAUUGCAAAGCAUAUCCUACUUCUCCAAAGGACAUUCACAUAUACCCAGCAGUCACAGGCUAGACUGUGACAUGGUUUCUCCCAGGAAUAAAAGUGCUAGAAAGUAGCUUAGACCAGUGCUUCUUAAACUUUAAUGUGUACUUCAAAAAGUACAGAUUCCAGUACAUUAGGUCUGGAAUGAGGCCAGAGGUUUUAUCUUUCCAACAAACUCCUAGGUAGUUCCAUCUGGUUAUAAAACAACCCUUAGAGGGAGUGGGGAGGAGACAGAACAGGAGAGGCAAGAGAUUAGAUUGGAAAGGUAGGUUAGGGCCAAGGUGUGAAGGACAUAACAUAAAAAUGACACAGCUAUAAGUAGUCACACAGCAGUAAGUGGUAGAGUGUAGAUUCAUGCCUAAGUCUACUGAAUUCUAAGGCCUGAGUUACUAACUACUGAGCUAGGUUUCCUUUUCUCCAAGGUUGACCCUCCCCACACCUUUAUGUAUCUCCACCACAGAGCAAGAGGAAGUUUGUCUCUACAAUUACAGCUCAGAAUCAAAAGGAUCUACCAGCACUCAUUGUACCUUCUCCCAGUCUUUAAAUUAGAGCAGGGUACUGUGGAUCUCUAAGAACAGGAGAGUAACACAUCAGCACAGGGACAAUGCAUGAAUGAAGAGCUGCCAGAUGGAGAGGCAGAGCCAUGUGGAACAGGAUUUCUCUCAUUUGUGUAGUCUCUUGGUCUGGCUAUACUUCCUGUUUACAGAGGUCAGUGGCCAUAGGAUGGGGCAACCACUAGAGAUAAAAGGGCAAAACUGUUUGCUUUGAGAAUAAGAGGAAGGUAAACAAAGUCUGACCUUCAUAUCAACUGGCUCCAGGUAAAAAUAGGUUGGCUGCACACAAUGGUAUCAUCAUGAGAGAAAGACAAGAACCAAAUCAACCAUGUUUAUUGAUACCCCAGUGAUGAGAAAAGAGGCCAAAUAGAAACCUUUGGGAGAGGGUGAAAUUAAAGGAAAAGAAAUAUAUGAAAGCAAAAUAAAAUAAAACAUUUUCACUUAUAUAUAACCAUUCAUUUAUACAUAGAUUUCUGUAUAAAUAUACUCUAAGUAAUAGAGGAAAAACAAAAAUGAGAGGUAGGAAACAAAUGCCCUACUACCACUCAGCUGGUUCAGAGGUUAAGAAAGCCAGCUAGCUGACAGAAACUUUCUAUAGCACCAAUCCCUUGGAAUUACUUUGUUCCUCUUUGGAAUAAAUCUACUUGCCAGCCCUCUUAUUCUGAUGCCCCAAAACAAAAAGACAUUUCAAAAAAAAAAAAAAAAAGAUUGCAUUAGGAAAAAGAUUUCAUUAGGAAAAGAUUCACUACAAACCAGCAUCAUACCUCUAAUUAGGAGACACCAACUCCAGCUCCAGAAAGACAAAACUGAACCAUCUUUUCCAAUUGUAAUGGUCUAUGAUUACAAACCAGAAGUUACCACCUAGCACCACCCUGUUGUGAAAAAGAUCAAUAGCUCUUAAUUUCUGGAAGCUUUGGAGUUAAGGGGGUGGGGGGCAGAGGAGAAAAAAAGGAUACUUGGGAAUAAUGUUUAGCCUAAAUCCUUCUGCUUCAAGUUCCAGAGCAAGAUCAUAUUGUUCUCUGUUGGUAACAAGACUCUUCUAUGAUGGUCAUGAUUCUGUGAGGUCUCCAGAGGAACUUGGUUGCCUUAGACAGGGCUACCUUUAAUUACUUACAAAAUUCUAGAACAUCAGAUGUCAUUAAUCUCACUCCCUCACAUAGAGUUAUGCAGCUCUAACUUCAUUAAGGAUAACUCCAUGUAAGGGUACAGCAAAAUUUAGUAGCACACUCUGAUCUAACUUCAAUCUAUACCUCACUGUCCCUCCUUGAUCCACAGGCCUGCGGCCCCAAGGUUCUAGGUCUCACUCAAUUAUCUUGGAUUGACUCAAUUUAUCUCUCCCAAAACCAAAUGACAUUAACCUGUUCAAUAAUCUAUUAUGACUCCCCCACUGACCUUAAACUGUUAGUUGUUUUUCCCCAAAAGACUCCUUUUCUCUCCUGAACUACUACUAUGUGCCUGGCACGACAGUCAUUUCAGCAAAUAAACCCACCAGUCCACUCAUGGCUUUUGGGAGGACUAAAGUAGUUCACACAAACGAAUGCGAAAAUAAAAUAUCAAGAUUCCAUAAAAGCAUGGAAACAGACUAGCAAUUGGGCAUUCAUCCUUCUAAUCCUCAGCAUAAUUGUUCAUAAGAGAGUCUAGACAAUCUAGAUCCAGGUGAUCUUACUGGAGGACCAGGAAAAUCUCUCAGCAAUUAUAUAAAAAAUAAGAUCUGGUCUCCCUGACUCCUCCCAGGAAGCUCUAAACACCUAGUGUAACACACCCCUCCCCACAAAUAUAAAAUCUAUACUCACCCCUCCAAAAAUGACAAAAGAGAAAUAAGGGCUUUGGUAUUAGCAAAAUCCUACCCAAGUUAUUUUUCUCACCCAAAGGUGUGCUAUAUAAGUUAAAUCUCUCAUAAAUUACAUCAAGCAUCAUUAAUAGUUAAGUCUUUCCAUGAUCCCACAAUGUGGGACCUCUAAGAACCAUUCUGCUAUAGUCAGUUAAAUCUCAAAACUGAAAACCCAUUUCUCUAAGGAUUUUUACUUUCAAUAUGAGGCUUAGGUCAUCCCUAGACACAGAUAAGCUGCAGUCCCAGAAUAACACUACAUGCUGGGCAUCAUUCAUUUCUGUUAUAGUAACUCCCAGCCAUCAAACCCCUUUGUCAAUUCCCAAAUUACAGUAUAAAUGAAGCCAAAGAAGAAACACAAAAAAAUGGCAGAGUAAGAAAUCAGUUACCAUAGAUAUGUAACUCUUGUAGUCUGAAAAUUGAAAUAUCGCAGACCUAUAACCACUACAAGGAACCUUAUUUCUAUCCUAAUCUUUGCAAAUCUAAAAUUCCAGGAAAUCCAAAUUCACUAACUAAAAAUUUCUUUCCUCCAAAUUAAAUGGUGUAAAUAAAUGCCCAUGCUCAGGAAUACAACCAAGAGCAAGACUGAUUUGCAUUCACAAUUCACAAUACACUUCCUGGAAUUAUCCUGAAUAAUUUCCCCCAUUUUUUCCUUCAAACCUGCAGUUCUAAAUAUUUCAUUUCAAAAACACUUACCUCUCCAUUUCCUGGGAAUAAUUACAUCUAAUUUUCUAUUUUAAUCCUACUCUUCUUCCUGGCUUUUUCUCAGCUUUUGAUCCAUCUAGGGAAGAAGAGCUACUUUUUAUUGAAGGCCUACGGAUCAGGUAUUAUGUAGCAGUUAUCACUAAUUCUUUCAACAGCACUGAAAACUGGAUAAUAUUAUUCACAUUUACAGAUGACAAGGUAAGUGGUGUACUGAAGGAAAAGUUUGGAAUAAGAAUUCUCUACACCUCACAAUUAAGCCUACCAAGGAUUCCUAUUUUUCAUUUUCCAUUUAGAAAAAAAGAAAUCGCCACACCAGCUCUUAUAUCAUUUCACUAAUCAAAGCUUUGGGCAAGCAAUUCAGAUUCCCCUUUCCUCCCUAUACCUUCUACCAUACUAGUUAUGCCAGUUGCCAAAUUAUUGCUUUUGUUACCUGAAUGUGAAAAUGGAUCUGGGCCUUUUAAAUAUUUUUCCUUUUCCAGCUGACGUGAUGUUAAGCUUUAUAAGUAAAGGGUACUGCAGAGACUUUGCAGGGGGAAAGGGUUUUCCCUUUCAGUUUGGUUCUCUGGUCCUUCACCAGGUUGCUAGAGCAGAGGCUGGAAAACUGUGGCCCAUGGGCCAAAACCAGCCUGCUGCCUAUUUUUGUAUGGUGUGUAGGCACAACUCAUGUGGACUAGCACUUUGAGCUGCAGAGAACAAGACAUAAUGUCCCCACCUCAUUUCACAGUCCACUCCCAACAUAUGCUUCCCUGGCCUGGGCCGUGCCUCACCACUCUCUAGGGCCAGUGCUGGCCCCAUACACAGUCCCCAUUCUCCACUGGUGGCAAAUGAAAAACAAAUUUAUAUCUUUUUUUUAAAUGUUUUUUUAAAAAAAUUAUUAUCUAUUUUGAGAGAGCACACGAGCUGGGGAGAGGCAGAGAGAGAGGAGAAAGAGAGAGAAUCCCAAGCAGACUCUGCACUGUCAGUACAGAGCCCAGUGUGGCGCUUGACCUCACGAACUGCAAGAUCAUGACCUGAGCUGAAAUCAAGAGUUGGACACUUAACCAACUGAGCCACCCAGGUGGCUAAAAGACCUACCUUUACCUUUAACAAGGUAGGAGUAACUUUUCAUGAGAAAAACGCAUAGAAUACCAUAGUUAAUAACUUGAAAAAUUUUCAGCACAAUACUCAUGUUUAACAACACACUAAUAAAACUGAGAUGGAUCAAAGAGUUAAACAUAUAAAAUGAAAGCAGGAAGAAGUUUAUGUAUUUAUCUGAUUUUAGGAAGAAGAAAUAUUUUCUAAGUAUAAAAUUAAUGGAAGAUACCACAGAGGAAAUACAUGAUUAUAUAAAAAUCUAAAAGUUUUGUGCAUUAAAGGAUUAAGACAAGAGUGAAAAAGCAAACUGAGGAAAAAUCUGCCAAAACAGUCUAAGAGUUAUUUCAAAAUUAAGAGUAAACCCCCAAAUUAAGCAAUAUAUAAAUGAAAAUAAUGGUUACUAUGUGAAAAAACAAGCUCUUCCCUUGACUAUAAUAACAUUACAAAGGAAGUAAUAAUUUUUGACCUAUCAAAGUAACAAAGAUUAUUUUUUAAUAAAAACAGAGAUAAGAGACUUCUAUUCCCUGAUAAGAUAAUCACUUCCACUCAACCUCUCCUAUAAAUAAAAACCUUGGACUAAAAUAUAUAAAACUACCAGAAGCCUCUGAAAAGCAGAUAAAAGCAGGCAGACUGGCUCAGGAUCUCAGGACUUAGGGGACAUGGUAGCUGCAAGUUCCUUGAGUUUUCUUUUUUGCCUCAUAUAUAUUCUGGACGCUAGAGCAGCCUAAAAACCAGAACUUCCAAUGGCCCAGACAGGAAGAAAAAAAAAAAAAGAAGGAGAAAAUUCUAUUCUGUCUAGCUAUAGGACUGGCAAAAGGGAGGACCAUGGGAUGGAAUCUUUCCAAUUUUUACCUAUCCUAUUCCAGGUGGUUAUCCUCAAACUAGCAGCACUCCUUCCCCUCCUCACAACCAGUGAGGUAGCUCCUGAAAGGCAAACCCUAUUUCAGCCUUCUACUCCAUUCCAGGGAAGUGCCAAUAAAGAGGCAGAGCAACUCCUCCUCCCCACUGUGCAGCAGUAGCAGAUUCUGCAUAACAUAAUCCUACAGCAACACUGUAGGGACUCAGCAGAAUGGAGAUGACAGAAGAAAGAGUCACUGAGCUUGAAGAUAAAAAAAAAGUAUUCAAUAUAAACAAGGAAAAAAAAUGAAAUGAGUUGAAAAUAGUCUUAGAGACCUGUAGGACAAUAUCAAAAGGAACAAUAUUCAUGUCACAGAAGUUUCAGAGGGAGAAGAGAAAGAGACUGGAGCAGAAAAAAUACAUAAUCAUACAUACAUAUAAAAUAGUUGAAAAUUACCCAAAUUUAGUGAAAGGUAUAAAUUCACAGAUCCAAAAAGCACAGCAAAACCCAAACAGAUGAACUUAAAAUUAUAGUCAGACACAUCAUAAUCAAACUACUUAAAAACUGAAAGAAAAAACCCUGAAAAGCAGACCAAGAAAUACAAGACAUUAAGGGGAACAAGCCUCAAAUCAUGGCAUUCAGGCCAUUAGUUAGUGGAACAUUUUUAAAUGACCAAUUAUUGGUCCAGAUGGCUUCUAAAAUCCCUUCUGUGGGUUGCAAAUUGAAUAUGGUGUUUGCAUGUAAUUGAAUGGACAACUGUACACACACAUGAAAAGGAGAUACUGAAUAAUUCACUAAAGUGUACUACCUUCUCUGCAUGAGAAGGAUUAGAGAGAAAAAGAAAAGGCCUUACUGUUCCCUAGGGCACUGAUUCUCAAAAUGUAGUCCUUAUACCCCAGGGAAAGUCAAGACUUUCAGGGGAGUAUCACGAGGUCAAAACUUUUCAUAAUAAUCCUUAGAAACUAUUUACCUGUGUUGACCUUGACUCCAAUAGUGCAAAACCAAUGGUGGGUAAAACUGCUGGCGUUUAAGCAUGAAUCAAGGCAGUGGCACCAAACUGUACUAGAAGACACUAUAUUCUUUACCACUACACACUUCUAGAAAAGAAAGGGAAGAAAAGUUUUACUUUAAAUAUCGUUGAUGAAGCAAUGAAAACUAAUUUUAUUAAAUCCAAACCCUUGACUACCCUUUUUUUAAUAUUCUGUGUAGCAAAAUAUUUAUAUUUAUCUUUACUUUUUAUCUUAUUUAUUUAAAACUUUAUAUUAUUUUUAUUUAUAUUUAUGACUGUAUACCUAAACCAAUUCUACUAUGUAUUGUCCCAAAGAAAACAGGGUGAGCAACAUUUCCCCUGCUUAUUCUACCUUCGUCCUGUUCACGUCCUAUACUGACCACGUAAUGAGUCUCCUGCCUCUUCCCUUUCUGUAGAAUAUUUGUGUUCGGAAAGCCUCCAUUUCUGGAUCUGCUAAAAUCGUUCUUCAAAAAUUCGCAAACUUCCCCACCUCCAGAAGUGAAGGUUCACAAACAGACCUGGCAGGGAUGCAGGCAUAAGACUCGCCAGGGAGGUGGAGGGGCCCUCAGAAGACCAAAGGAAUCCAAAUUAAAAUGAUGGUUCACAGGUAACCUAAUUCGGAGAGAGGGCACAGCCUCCCCAGGCUGCCCCGCCCUCUGACCUAGAAAACCCGGAACUCACGAGCUCAAUAGUGGCCAAGCCCAGGAAUUAUAGUCGGCGGUGCUUCGCUGCAAGAACAAAACAAAACAAAACAAAACAAAACAAAACAAAACAAAACAAAACACAACACCUCAAACCUCCUCCCAGGAGCCUCCGCGCGGUGAGAAAAGCAAAUGUUAGCCAAUGAGAGCAGCUGUUCCGUGGCUUUCCCACCCUAUACCCCAAAGGCUGAAGGAAGGCGGCUCUUUAGAGCCAGCGGGGAGUUAUAAAGGACCUCGGUAGCUGCUGCCAGAGAGCUCCUGCCCCGCGUGGGAUAAGAGGAACAAAAAAAGCUAAAUAAUAGUCAAAGGAGGAAAUGCGACCAUUAUUAGGUCUAUGCAUCUCAAGCCAGUUUUCCAAGAAGUCUUAACCCUGAAUUCUCUAGCAACAAGGAAUGGUCUUCAAGUCUAAAUACAGAAAUAGGACCAGAAACUCAAUGGAAUUGGCAUUACUGACUUCCCCAGUACAGAAAACUAAACCAUAAUUUGAAGAACUUUCCUAAGAAGAGGAGUCACAAUAUCUGUAUCCCAGAUUGGAGGAAUAGGGAAAGUCCAGAGUGGCUGCACCAGUUUGCAUUCCCUCCAACAGUGCAAGAGGGUUCCCCUUUCUCUGCAUCCUCGCCCACAUGUUGUUUCCUGAGUUGUUAAUGUUAGCCAUUCAGACAGAGAGGAUUCCAACAUCAGAUGUUCUUCCUGGGCUAGCUCAUCCUCGGAGUCCACGAGACUGUUUUUUUUACCUGUUGCAGUGAUUUGGUGACAAAAAGGCCAUUUCCGCCUCAUAGAGUGAGAGUGGCCCAUCAGGUCAGACCAUCCUCCCUGGACCAGUUCUUCAAAUACAAUGAGAUUUUCUCUAUUAUUUGCUGCAGUGAUUCAGUGACAAACUUCACCACCAGCCAAGCAACAGAAUGAGGCCGCAGAUGGUGGACCUAAGGAAUGGGAGCACAGUGACAGAGUUUAUCCUCGUGGGCUUUGAGCAGAGCUCCUCUUCCACUCGGGCAUUGCUCUUUGCCCUCUUCCUAGCCCUCUACAGCCUUGCCAUGGCCAUGAAUGGCCUCAUCAUCUUCAUCACCUGGACAGACCCCAGACUCAACAGCCCCAUGUACUUCUUCCUUGGCCAUCUGUCCUUCCUGGAUGUCUGCUUCAUCACCACCACCAUCCCACAGAUGCUAAUCCACCUGGUGGUCAAGAACCACACUGUCUCCUUUGCCUCCUGCUUGACCCAGAUGUAUCUGGUUUUUGGUGUAGGUGUGGCCGAGUGCAUCCUCUUGGCUUUUAUGGCCUAUGACCGUUACGUUGCUAUCUGCCACCCACUCAGUUACGCCCAGAUCAUGAGCCGGCAGGUCUGUGUAAAGCUGGUGAGUACUGCCUGGUUCUUUGGGCUGAUCAAUGGCAUCUUUCUUGAGUAUAUGUCAUUCCGGAAUCCCUUCUGCAGAGACAACCACAUAGAAAACUUCUUCUGUGAGGCCCCCAUAGUGAUUGCCCUCUCUUGUGGAGACCCCCAGUUUAGCCUGAAAAUGAUCUUUGCCGAUGCCAUCGUGGUGCUGCUCAGCCCCAUGGUGCUCAUUGUUAUCUCCUACGCCCGCAUCCUGGCCUCCAUCCUUGGCAGAACCUCCUCCUCAGGUCGGGGGAAGACCUUCUCUACUUGUGCCUCCCAUCUGACUGUGGUCAUCUUUUUCUAUACCUCAGCCAUGUUCUCUUACAUGAAUCCUCGCAGCACACAUGGCCCUGACAAAGACAAGCCUUUCUCCCUUCUCUACACCAUCAUCACCCCCAUGUGCAACCCCAUCAUCUAUAGUCUUCGAAACAAGGAAAUGAAGGGGGCCAUGGUGAGGGCCCUUGGGAGGACCAGCCUGGCCCAGGCAGAAUCUAUCUAGUGGGAAGACUCCUGGAAGAGAAGUCCCCCCCCCCACCACCCAAGUCUUGACAAUUGGGCAACUCUCCAAUGCUGAGAGCCUCCAGGAAAGAGCAUUCAUAGCUUUCUUUCUACUAGCAUCAGUCCUGGAAGAUCCUGUUGAUGUCUAAUGCUCAUCUGUCUGAUUUCACUUCAAGCAUUGUUUUCUCUUAGGCCUUCCCGAGAAUAAUUUAAGACUUUCUUGUUUUUCUUCUAUGUUGUCACAUCUUUUAAAGGCAUAAGUGCACUUAACUCCAUUUAAUUUUUUUCGUACAGUACUUUUACAUACUAUUCCUAGCCUGAGUUUUGCAUACACAUUUAGGAGCAAACUUUUCUCUUUCAACUUAUCAUUGUAGUGUUCUUUUCUUUCUCACAUUCCACUCUCGUAUCCUGAAUCCACCCUCAUCCACCCCACUCCUACGUAAGAAAAAAUAGGGGAAGAAGUUAAGAAAAAGGGAAUUAGGGAGCAGUGUUGACAUUAAGAAAAGUCAGAGAAAAGAAGAAAAAGAAAAACUAAGGAUGAUAAGCCUGAACCCCAUCUUCUUAGCUUCCAUUAGCCCAUCAGGGAGAACUUUUAUGAUGGCUUUAAGUGGCUACCAUAACACUGCAUUCAACUUAUGUUUAUGCUUGUGUGUUGUUGAGGAAAUGCAGGUGAGAUAGACCAAUAUGUCAAAUCCCUUCUAAAUCUUCUAGUUUCCUUAAGUAACAUGACUGUUUGGUAUUUCCCUUAUGAUCCAAGUGGUCAAUGCCUCUUCCAAGCUUCUCAGACUAUUAGUUUCCUUCCCUGGUAUAUACUCCAAAUUAACUCCCCUCUCCCUACUGCCUUCCUUUUUCCCAACCAUCUUUCAUUUCAUUGCACCUUACUUCCCAGCUUAAAUAGACAUAUUUCAUUCCCUGUACUUUAAGUAACACCUCUCCACACUAUCUCUACCAUUGCAGAAGCCUUUCCACUUGCAACCCUAACCCCUCUCACUUCUUCUAGCUUUCCUCCGUAACCAAAUUUAGCGUCCCUUGAGAGAGCAUUAUAUUCUUAACCACUCUUUUUUUUUUUAAAUUGCAUCUUUCUCAUGCCCCUUUCUUAAUAAUAGGAAAGGGAACAGGUCUGUUAUUUUCUGGUGCCACUUCCAUAAGAUGAAUGCACCUCAGUUAGGAUUCCCUCAAAUAGAUGUACUACCCUUUCCAUAUUACACAAAUCACACUACCUUCUGCAAUGACUUAAAGUAGUAGCUUCACUCCACAAAAUUCUAAUCUUUUGAGUCCAAAUUGGUGAAUCUCUAGAUAUCAGAGGACAUGUGAGAAGCACUUCUCAGUCAGCAAGGAGGAAGAAAUGAAACACCACUAUAAUUGAGAAGAAACAAUAAACACAGAACAAAAAAUUUUCCAUUAUCAAAGAGAAAUUACACCAGGCAAAGUUAAACAGGAAAGAAAGACUUUAUUUAAGACUGCUGCAAUAGGAGGGGAAGGUGGGUGGCUGCUAGUUGAGCGUCUGACUUCGGCUCGGGUCAUGAUCUCAGUUUGUGGGUUCAGGCCCCGCAUCAGGCUCGCUGCUAUCAGCGCAGAGGCCCGCUUCAGAUCCUCUGUCUCCUUCCCUCUCUCCCCUUCCCCCUGCUCUCAUUCUCUCUUAAAAAUAAAUAAACAUAAAAAAAUAAUAAAAGACUAUUGCAAUAGGAGAUUGAACUCAACU